AUGAGAGAUCGGCCCGUAAUCAGCAUCGAAAAUUACACCAUAUACUGCGGCGAUGCUGAUGAGAACAAAGUAUGUGGCUGCGCGAUAGCUGUGAGGAACGAUUACAAGAACCUGGUUGAGGGAUUUGGCUCAACGUCGUUUAGAUGCGCCUUUUUACGACUGCGGGAUCGCGGAGGACGUAAACUCUGGAUCGUAAGUGCUCACGCACCUACGGAAACCGCUGAGGGCAACAGUAAGGACGCCUUCUAUGAUGAACUCAAUGCGUUGAUGUCUAAAAUACCAAGCCAGCAGGUGGUCAUUGUCGGAAUUGACGCAAAUGCGAAGAUGGGACUCGAACAGCAGUCCGAUGUGCUAGGAAAAUGGUACUAUGCAGCGGAGCGCGCGUCGGACAACGGUGACUUGUCGACUUGUGCGAACAGAUGGGGCUCAUCAUCUCUUCCACGUUUAAGAGGAAUCAUCGACGCCAUCAGCUCACGUGGCAGGUGUCAACCCUUUUAA